CAGGACAGCGGCGCGGAGGCCGGGGGCUCGCACGCGCCAGGCUCGGUUGUUGGUGGGUGCUGGCAGGACUGGCUCGCCAAGAGCCGGGAGGAGGUGGAGGGCUUCAGCAAAGCACAAGUAUCGCUCUUGGUGGCAGCUGUGCUGAUAGAUGGUGGGCUGGAAGACGACGAGUUCAUCCAGCAGACGGUGGCGACACUGCAACAGCAAGGCGUCACAGGCAAGGCUUUGCUGCGGCUCACGCUGGAGAAGCUGAUGGCAGCUGGAGUCCCACGGGGCCCAGCGCAGCUUCUGGCUGAGAAGAUCCAGCUGCUGAAGGAGCCCCAGGUUGAGCUCCCUCGUUUUAGCGCCACAGAUCUCUUGGACUUCGAAGACCGCUUUUUGAACAGCCGAAUCAACAGCAAGGAUAGGCCGUUUCUGGAAAGGGAGGCGGUUGUUGAGAGUGUUGUGAAGCAACUAGAACAGAUCCAAAGGUACGGGACCAAGCCGACGGUGGUGACCUUGUGGAGCCCGCCGGGAACGGGCAAGACAUCGCUCAUCCGACACCUGGCUCGGAAGGACCCGAGCUUUGCAGAAAGCCGAAGAUGUGGACGGCUUUUGGUUCUUGAUGCUGCAGAGAUUUCAAAGUUGGCGUGGCGGGAAGAACCCACUUGGAUGGCUUCUGCUAUCGUCGUGUGGCACCUGCUACAGUUGUUGCACGGGUACAGCAUUGAAGUGAGUCCUGGGCGGGUGGUGAGUUUUCAGCGAAUGGAGUUCAUGGCAGUGCUUGAGGCUGUCAAGCGUGCAUCGGCACCAAAUGAGGGGCGCAACAGCUUUGAAGUUUGGCUUCGCUCAUUUUGUCAACACAGGGAGGAUGUCUUCGAGCAGUGGCUGUUGGUGACGGCUGCAGCCUUCAACGCAACACCAGACUGCGCUUGUUUGAUUUUCCUUGAUCAGGCCGAGCUGCUUGUGAAAGAACAGGUGGAGGGACGGAGUCAGAAUGGUGGACAGAGAUCAGCCUUCACUGACAUAUUCAGCAUGUUCCCGCAGAAGAUGGGCAUGUUUUCGGCAGGCACGGUGAAUAUCUUGAUUGAUAGGCCAUCGGAGGAGUACAGCUUGCUUAAGGUCCAGGCAGUACCGGCUCUGGCGCCAUUGUCGCUGCAAGCCGCCAGAAAGGCUAUGAUAGAAUGGGGGGGCACGCAAUACAAGAAGGAAUUCGACAAAAUUCACCUGUUCUCUGCUGGGGUACCCCUGCUUCUGGAGGAGGCUUUCAAGAAUGAGCUGGCAGCAACUGCGCAGACUGCAAUCACCCUCAUGUUGGACAAGUUGAAGAACUGGUAUGCGGAUGCAGCCCCCUACUUCAAUCAGCCAGAAGUGGCUUUGGCGUUGGUUCUUUGCUCGGCGGUUCGAUGGCCUGCAGAAGGCUUUCAGCUUGUGCCCGGAACCUCAGUAAGGUGGUCAGACAUCUUCAGGGCAGGAGCAGCAUUUCCAAACAACAAGUCCGUACUGGUUCCACGGCUGUGGUGGUGUGAGGAUACCAAUAUGAAAGACGCCAUCCGAAAUGAUUUGAAAGAGCUGAACAUUGACCUGGAGGGGCUCCUGCCAGAUUCCUUGCAGUUGCUCAACAGCCCACAAAGGGGUGCCACUGAAAGGGGGGAGAAGUGGGAAGAGCUGGUUGCAAAUUCCCUGGCAGCGCGGUUCCGCCUUCACUGUAUAGCAAGAACCCUAAGUGCUGAAGUCACCUGGGUCCCUUUUUUGGAGAUCUACCCUACGGAGGAUCCACAUUUGCGAGCUGUUUUGGAGCCGUUCGAAGUUUGCUGGAGUGAUGGUGUGGAAUAUCCAAGCGGCCAAGGCAAUGAAGCAACUGUCAUGAGUGACGUUGGGAAGGCCAUCAAGUCCAACCGGAAUUUUGCAACGGCUCACCACGACCUUUUGAUCCCUGUGAGAUGCAAGGCAACUGGUAAGCCCGAGUUCAUUGCAGCGAAAUGUCGUUAUGGAGAGAAAAAGGAUGCAGGCGGCCUGAAGUUGCAGGACAAGGCGAAGAAGGACAACUUUGAGGACAUGCAAAAUGUGUUGCUGCAGAUUUGCAGUGAAUCUGAAGGCUGGCAGUCCUUUACAAACAAGACAUGGGCCAGACGUCAGGAGGAGAAGAAAUACUCUCUCAUGAGUUGCGAGACUAUCAUUGGGCAGCUGGACGUGCUGAAACUUUUGUGAGUGUACAA